GGAGACUCUCCUCCAUUGAUCUUCGUAAUAUAUUACUGAUUUAUAAUGAGUUGAUUGCUUUGGUUACUGGUUAUAUCAUUGUUGUACUAUAUAAAGUAGCUCUUGCAUUGACGUAUACAGGACUUCUUCAAAGUACCUCCUCUUUUUUACUCUUGCUGCCUCCCUUCACAAAAUAUAGCUGCCACCAUGAGCAACAAGGCACUCGUCUUCAAAAAGAUACCCGAAGGCUACCCUGUCCCUGGGGAACACCUGACCAUUGAAACUGUACCCUACGAUGCCAACACUCCAGCCCCUGAGAAUGGAGUGACCCUACAAUCGCUGUACACUAGUUUCGACCCAUACAUGCGUGGGCGCAUGCGCCCGGCGGAUAUCAAGUCCUAUGCACCUCCUUUCACCCUUGGCAAACCGAUCGACAGCCGCAGCAUUGCCAAGGUUCUCCGCUCGAACAACCCGAAAUACAAGGAGGGUGACAUUGUCAUCGGCCAACUGCCGAUCCAGCAGUACGUGGUGCUGGAUGGUAAUGCGGUUAAGACGAUCGGCCCUCUCAACAAUCCGCUGGGAAUCGAGGAUCUCAGAGUCUUCCUGGGUGCUCUCGGUAUGCCGGGUCUCACUGCAUACUCCUCCCUGUAUAAGAUCGGCAAGCCCAAGAAGGGCGAAACCAUUUUCGUCUCCGCUGCUAGCGGUGCCGUUGGCCAACUGGUAGGUCAGAUUGCCAAGCAUGAAGGCCUGAAGGUCAUCGGUAGCGUCGGCUCCGAUGCGAAGUUGGAAUACAUCAUGAAGGAGCUUGGCUUUGAUGCAGGAUUCAACUACAAGAAGGAGAAGCCCGCGGAUGCUCUCGCCCGCCUUGCCCCCGAGGGCCUCGACAUCUACUACGAAAAUGUCGGUGGAGAGCACCUCGAGGCUGCACUGGAUGCGAUGAAAAACUUUGGGCGUGUCGUUGUAUGCGGCUUGAUUUCUCAGUACAAUUCUGAACCGUAUCCGAUUAAGAACAUUCACAACAUCUUGGUUAAGCGUCUUACGAUGCAGGGAUUCAUUGUGGGAGAUGCUGACACCGGCCCAGUCUAUGCCGAAGAGCACCAGAAGAAUGUGCAGAAGUGGAUCAAGGAGGGCUCCUUCAAGCCGCUCACUUAUGAGACAGUUGGGAUUGACAAUGCUGCAGAGGGUUUGGUUGGCCUUUAUUACGGAAAGAACUUGGGCAAGGCGAUUCUGAAGUUCUAAAUGUUCUGUUACUGUGAUGUCAAUAUGCAUGAGACUGUAAUUACACCACAUUGUAUUUGGAGAAUAGAAAUUUAGCAGUAAUCGUGCCCGCAUCGCCUACCUACCCGCGUUCCCCGUGUAGGCGUGCCCCAGUUCAAUGACUCGUUUUUGAAUCCAACGCCUAGCUACCCAUCUAAACUAGUGAUAUUUUUAAAAAUAAGUGGCUCACCAUCUGGACCUACCAUGAAGCCUUCUAGAGCUUCAUUUUCAGCCUCAUUUAAUGGUGGUCGGUUGGCUAGCCGCUCCUUUUCCUUCUCCAGAAUCUUCUGAUCUUGUUGGGCCCGUCUAACAUCCUUUUUCAUC